UCGUCGCUGCUUGACCAUUACUUACGGAAAACUAGUAACAAUUUUCAAAUGUUUCCAAGGAGUUGGUGGUUCGGUUUUUUCUUGGUAUCUGCUAUAUUUGGGGUAUCCCUGUCGAGCGUGUGUACAAAAAGAAAUACAUUUGGAAAUAUAAUUCGAACAUGUUGCACCGGUUAUCAAAAUGUGAAAAAUAAAUGCAAACCAAUUUGUACGAACGGUUGUGAGAACGGUUUUUGCUUCAAGCCAAAUGUAUGCAAGUGCAACAAGGGUUAUGAUAAAUUUAAUAAUUAUCGUUGCGUCCCACACUGCAACAAUUGCACAACUGGCGGUUUCUGCAGUGCGCCGGGCGUUUGUACGUGCUAUACAAAUUACGCUCGGAAUGCCACAGGUCACUGCGCACCUACCUGUAAGCAGAAUUGUAAGAAUGGCAAAUGCAUUGCGCCUAACAAAUGCAAGUGUUUGCCGGGCUACAGCGCAACCGCGAAAGGCGUUUGUGAGCCCCAAUGCGCUGAUGGUUGCAAGAAUGGCAUUUGUGAGGCUCCAAAUAAGUGCCACUGCAAAGCUGGCUAUGAAAAAGAUACCAAUGGGAAGUGCCAACCAAUUUGCGUAGGCGGAUGCGAAAACGGUACUUGUCGCGCACCCAAUGUUUGUGAGUGUUCAAAAGGAUAUCAAAAAUCGAGUAGCAAAACAUGUGUACCUCAUUGCGCGAACGAAUGUACCAACGGAUUUUGCGCGGAGCCAGAUGUUUGUAAAUGUGACGAUGGAUACAAAAUGAUUGCGGCUAAAUGUGAACCGAUUUGUUUAGAUGUCUGUACAAAUGGCCACUGCGUAGCCCCUGAAACCUGUGAGUGCAGUAAAGGAUAUUCGAUGAACGCUUCCAACAUUUGCGAGCCUGUUUGCUCCAGCGGCUGUCCCAAUGGCCAUUGCAUAGCGCCUGAGACUUGUGAAUGUAACAACGGAUACUCCAUGACCGCUUCCAAUAUUUGUGAACCUGUUUGCUCCAGCGGCUGUCCGAACGGCCAUUGCAUAGCGCCUGAGACUUGUGAAUGCAAAAACGGAUAUUCCAUGACCGCUCCCAACAUUUGCGAGCCUGUUUGCUCCAGCGGUUGUCCGAAUGGCCAUUGCAAAACGCCUGAGACCUGUGAAUGUAGCAACGGAUAUUCCAUGACUGCUCCCAAUAUAUGUGAGCCUGUUUGUUCAAUUGGUUGUUCAAAUGGUUACUGCGUAGCGCCUGAGACCUGUGAGUGCAGCAAAGGAUAUUCGAUGACCUCUCCCAAUACUUGUGAGCCUGUUUGCUCCACCGGCUGUCGGAAUGGUCAUUGCAUAGCGCCUGAGACCUGUGAGUGCAGCAAAGGAUAUUCUCUGACCGCUCCGAAUGUUUGUGAACCUGUUUGCUCCAGCGGCUGUUCGAAUGGUCAUUGCAUAGCGCCUGAGAUUUGUGAGUGCAGCAAAGGAUAUUCUAUGACCGCUCCGAAUAUUUGUGAACCUGUUUGCUCCAGCGGUUGUCCGAAUGGCCAUUGCGUAGCGCCUGAGACCUGUGAAUGUAGCAAAGGAUAUUCCAUGACCGCUUCCAAUAUUUGUGAACCUGUUUGCUCCAGCGGCUGUUCGAAUGGUCAUUGCAUAGCGCCUGAGACCUGUGAAUGUAGCAACGGAUAUUCCAUGACUGCUCCGAAUAUAUGUGAACCUGUUUGCUCCAGCGGCUGUUCGAAUGGUCAUUGCAUAGCGCCUGAGACCUGUGAAUGUAGCAACGGAUUCUCCAUGACUGCUCCCAAUAUUUGUGAUGCUGUUUGCUCCAGCGGCUGUUCGAAUGGUCAUUGCAUAGCGCCUGAGACCUGUGAGUGCAGCAAAGGAUAUUCUAUGACCGCUCCGAAUAUUUGUGAACCUGUUUGCUCCAGCGGUUGUCCGAAUGGCCAUUGCAUAGCGCCUGAGACCUGUGAAUGUAGCAAAGGAUAUUCCAUGACCGCUUCCCUUAUUUGUGAGCCUGUUUGCUCCAGCGGCUGUCCGAAUGGUCAUUGCAUAGCACCUGAGACCUGUGAAUGUAGCAAAGGAUUUUCCAUGACCGCUCCCAAUAUUUGUGAACCAGUUUGCUCCAGCGGUUGUUCGAAUGGUCAUUGCAUAGCGCCUGAGACCUGUGAGUGCAGCAAAGGAUAUUAUAUAACCGCUCCGAAUAUUUGUGAACCUGUUUGCUCCAGCGGUUGUCCGAAUGGCCAUUGCAUAGCGCCUGAGAUCUGUGAAUGUAGCAAAGGACAUUCCAUGACUGCUCCCAAUAUUUGUGAGCCUGUUUGUUCCAUUGGUUGUUCUAAUGGUUAUUGCGUAGCGCCUGAGACCUGUGAGUGCAUCAAAGGAUAUUCUAUGACCGCUCCCAAUAUUUGUGAACCUGUUUGCUCCAGCGGUUGUCUGAAUGGUCAUUGCAUAGCACCUGAGACCUGUGAAUGUAGCAAAGGAUAUUCCAUGACCGCUCCCAAUAUUUGUGAACCUGUUUGCACCAGCGGUUGUUCGAAUGGUCAUUGCAUAGCGCCUGAGACCUGUGAGUGCAGCAAAGGAUAUUCCAUGACCGCUCCCAAUAUUUGUGAACCUGUUUGCUCCAGCGGUUGUCUGAAUGGCCAUUGUAUAGCGCCUGAGACUUGUGAGUGCAGCAAAGGAUAUUCGAAGAGCGCUUCCAAUAUCUGUGAUCCUGUGUGCACCAGCGGUUGUUCGAAUGGCCAUUGUAUUGCGCCUGAGAGCUGUGAGUGCGGCAAAGGAUACUUGAUGAGUGCUUCUAAUUUUUGUGAACCUGUUUGCUCCAGCGGCUGUCCAAAUGGUCACUGCUUGGCUCCUGAGACCUGUGAGUGCAGAAAUGGAUAUUCCAUGACAGCCUUCAAUAUCUGUGACCCUGUUUGCUCCAGCGGUUGUCCAAAUGGCCAUUGUAUUGCGCCUGAGAGCUGUGAGUGCAGCAAAGGAUAUUCGAUGAGCGCUUUUAAUAUAUGUGAGCCUGUUUGUUCCAUUGGUUGUUCAAAUGGUUACUGCGUAGCGCCUGAGACCUGUGAGUGCAGUAAAGGAUAUUCCAUGACCGCUUCCAAUAUUUGUGAACCUGUUUGCUCCAGCGGUUGUCCGAAUGGCCAUUGCAAAGCACCUGAGACCUGCGACUGUAGCAAAGGUUAUUCCAUGACUGCUCCCAAUAUUUGUGAACCUGUUUGCUCCAGCGGUUGUCCGAAUGGCUAUUGCAUAGCUCCUGAGACCUGUGAGUGCAGCAAAGGAUAUUCGAUGAGCGUUUCCAAUAUUUGUGAGCCUGUUUGUACCAACGGCUGCCCUCAUGGGCGCUGCGUUCUACCAGAAAUAUGUGAGUGUGAGGACGGUUCCCAUAUAGUCAGUCCGAAUGCUUGCAAGAGGACUCUAAAUAUUCAAAAAAUGUCUGUCAUAUCUACCACGACUGCAACACCUACGGUUUUAAUAAGUGAAGUAUACAGAUCUACAGUAGAACACAGGAAACAUUUUGAUGACAACGAGGACGAUGACGAUGACGAUGACGAUGACGACGAUGAGGAAAGCUAUAGUGAUGAAGAUGAAGAAGGCGGAGAUUUUUCUGGAGAUUCUAAUGAGAAUAGUAGAUUUUAUAGCUCGGAUCGUAGUUGUCGAAACCGUUGCUUCAACGGAACAUGCCAAGAGGGGUUGUGUGUGUGUGAGAAAAAUUAUAUAUUGCGAAACCAGGACGGACACGACAUCUGUGUUGAAGAAGUGACCAAAGCUAAGGCGUUGUCGGCACAUUUUCGGCUAUAUAUUAUACUCGCUGUUCUUUCACUGCCCUUAGGAUUGUUGGUAUUACUUCUGCUUUGUCGCAUUAGUUGCGAGAAGACCUACAAUGUCGGAAAACGGGAAAAUCAAUUGGGACUUAAGAAUUUGUCACAUAAAGUGGAUAUUGUGCGAAUGCCUUAGUUCAGAUCAAUAAUAAAUAUAUAUAUAUAAUCUUUUAAAUGUAUGUAUGUGUAUCACAUACUUUAGUAUUAAUGUUUAUAUGAUCCUCAAUUUUUAAAUUUAAUUUAUAAUUUG